AUGGGGAAAAUAAGAUCAAGAUCUUCCAAGGUUUGUGAUUUCUGUAAGCGAAGGAAAGUAAAAUGUGAUUUGGGAAACCCGUGUUCUACAUGCGUCAAAUAUAGAAGAAGUCCAUGUGUAUAUUCAGACAGGUUGGAGACUAAUGGUUCAUUUGUUAAACCUAAAUCAAAUAAUCGGCUUCAAGAGCAAGAACCUCAGCGACAUCAGCAAUCACCACCAAUACUACUACUACAGCAGCAGCAGCAGCAACAAGCUCCAAAGCUACAGCAGCAGCAGCAGCAACAGCAAGCCCCAAAGCUACAGCAGAGGCUACUACAACCACCACCACCAGAAGCACAUAGACCCACCUUUUCUCAAUACACAAGUGCCUCUUCAACCAUAUCAAAUAAAAAUGAUUCAGUAUUUUCUAGAAGUUUGGAUUCUUCAGGGCAAUCAGUUUCUUUGUCAUCCAGAAAAUUUAGUGAUAACCACAGCACAUCAUCUCCAUUGAGUGUAAAUGAUUCUUCUCAUAUCGGCAAUGUACAAGAUGAAUUGACCCUACUCAAGCAAAAAUUAGACUUGCUAGAAAAGCAACUCACCUCAAAACAACAAUUGCAACUACAACUGCAGCAGAUACAUGAGGAUCAUGACGCAUUAUCAAAUGGACAGACACUAUCACCACUAUACAUAAAUCAGUUUGCAGAAGGAAAUGGUAGUCAACGAUAUACGUUUGAAGACAUAACAAACACUGGCUUAACAGCUACAUCACCAAGAAGCUUAGUCCCUAUUGAGCUAAAGUCACUACUAGGCUUUAAUCCAAUUGAUUCAGAAAAUGAUCGAAUAAAUUUUCACAAUGGGUGUAGCUUAACAAGGGAUAAGGACCACUCCAACAGAAAAAUUUAUGGACCUUUUGCUUGGAAAACUCUAUUGAAAAUUGACAAUGCAAUGGUUCCAGUUUGGGCCCAUAUGAACUCAAUCAAAAAUAAAUUUAGAGGUAAAGGAUUUAUUCCUCAUGUUGGAGAACAUUCGGCACAAGUGGAGAAGGAUUUUUCAAAAAAGAUUAUGAAUGAAGUAGAAAGCGAAGUGCGACCAUUUAGAGAAACCGCUGGUGAAGCUGCUCCAAGACGAAUAAUACCACAAGAAGAGUUGAACGAAAAAGCCGUUUGUUUGGGAUUGGCAUUUUAUCAAGGUGGACUAGAUGCAGAAAUGGAGUUGGUUGAAAAGAUUAGACUAGUCUUGCCGAAACAAAAGGUUAUUUGGAAAUUAUACAAAAGAUUCUUUACUCAUUUAUACGUGGCAAUCCCUAUUUUGGAUGAAAUGGCGCUAAAGGAACAUUUGCAGAAAUUGAUAGGACCCGAGGAUUACAAAAACGUUGAAGUUUCAGUUAAAGUGGAACGUAAACUUGAUUUUGCGUGCUUGGGCAUAUUGUUGAUUGUAUUGAGGUUUAGUUAUAUCUCAUUAUUUUCUCAUGAUUCGACAAUCAACGAAAUCAAUUUUCAUACAGACGAUCCUUCGCCCACGGCCCAACACAUUAAAUUUUUGCUCAAUAACCCCAUUAAUAUUGAUGUCAUUGAUGUGGCUCAACUGUGUUUGGAUCAAUUUAACAUUAUGAAGAGUAAUAAUAUCAUUAUAUUACAGUUGGCACUAUUAACUCGAGUUUAUCACCUGCUUGCGCCUGAAGACGGUGAUGGAAUGGAUGGUGGAGAUGCACAGAUUUUCAAUGCGACUUUGAUUCAAAUGGCAAUUACUAUUGGGUUGCAUAGGGAUCCCGAUAAGUUUGAGGACAACCAUCAAGACCAGCGUGCUAACAACUUGGCGAGGAAAAUAUGGUUUUACUUGUUGAUUCAGGACUUGAACUAUGCUUUGGCCAAUGGUAUGGCCAUGACUAUAGAUCUGGAUUAUUUUGACACAAAGGCGCCAUAUUACAAAGCAGGAAACGAGAAUGUAUUGGAUGUAGAGAUUGAAAAAAUUGCUUGUAGCUGUUUUCCCAGUUUUGAUCAAAUAUAUGAUAGUUUUUAUAAGAUAUUCAAAUUAGUAUUCAAGGUGAAAGGAUCGGUUGCGCUUCUUGAAUUGGUUGAGCAUUUGAAUGGGGUUGAGAAUUUUUUUAAAGAAAAAUAUGGAAAAGUUGCAUAUAAUUAUGACUUGGAUCAAAAUUCCAAAGAUGCGAUGCCAAGUGCAAUUAGGUUAAAGAUAUACUUUCUGGGGAGCUUUUGGCUAGUUUCCGUUUACUUGCACAUAUUCAAUUACUAUGAAGCGAAAAAUAAUCUACAUCUUGCUUAUUUUUAUCUCAAGAAGAUGUUAGCGGUUAUUAUUGAAGAUGUAAUGCCAUGUUUUAGUGAAUGUGUUAGUCAUAAGAAAAACAUGUUUAGAAAUUCAGUUGAUUUGGUGGCGACUCCAAGUUUUGAAACCGUUGCUCAUAAUUCGAUGGUUGUUAUUGCAACAAUAUACUUGAGGGUCAGGUAUUGGAUCCACUCAAAGCAAGUGAGUCAUCGCAACAAAAUGUACAUCCUUGCAGAAGAUAAGCACUAUCAAAAAUUGCGCAAACUAGCCGAUUUGUUGCUAAAGUGCUGGGAGGUUUAUAGAGAUGGUGUUGCUAGAUUAUCCCAUCGAUAUUAUUACGCGUGGUUGAUUACAAAAGCGCAACAAUUUUUAAAAACGAUGCUUACUGAUGAGUAUUUUGAAACUUAUGAACCGAAGCUAAUAUUACCACCAUUCACAAGCGAGAUGUUAGAUCAAUUAGGGAAUUUGUUGGAGACUUCAAUGGCUAAAAUUCAAAAGACUAAAAGAGCUCGUAAGGAAGAAGGGCUACUACAAUCGCAAAUGCAAUCUGUACAAAACAAUAAUAACAACAAAAAUAACAAAAAUAACAAAAAUAACAAUCACAACAAUAACAACAACAAUAACAACAAUAACAACAACAACAACAACAACAACAACAACAACAACAACAACAACAACAACAACAAACCAGAGUCAUUACCAAAGGAAGAUAAUGCUGAGAAGGCCGAAUUGAAUCAUAGAGAUUCUAUUGGUUCCACAGGUAGUUCAGAAAAUGAUUACAAGUCAAAUGAUAAGAUUGAUAGUAUUUGGUUGCAAAUGAUGAAUAUGAAAAAUGAUGAUUUGACAAGCAGGUAUAAUUAUGACUCCACAAUGAACAAUAUGGUAUCACAAUCUCCGAAUUUUUUGAGUGGUAUGGAUGGAGGAGUAGUACCCAUUCCAACCCUUGGAAUGAGACAGAAUAGUUUUGGUCUUGGCUCUAUAGGAGGAGUUGGAGCCGGAGGGGGAGUUGCCUCUGGAACCGGUGUUGGGGCUGUUGCUUCAGGUUCAGGUUUUGGCUAUGGAUCAUUUGAUUUGAAUAACGGGGACAUGUUUGAAAAUUUCCCCCUUGAUGAAUUAUUUAAAGAUUUUUCAUGA